GAAAAUUAAGAGAGAGAAAUUUUAUCUGAGGAUUGAAUUGAAUUGAAUUGAACUGAAGGAGCCGCCAUGGCAGGAACCACCACCACCGCCGCCGCCGCCGCCAUCCUCCUGCAUUGAGCUCAAGACAAGAUCCAAUAUGUCGCUUUAAAGUAAAAAUCAUGAGUGGUCGACCCAGGACAACGUCUUUUGCUGAGAGCUGCAAAACGGUGCAGCAGCCCUCUGCUUUUGGGAGCAUGAAAGUCAGCAGAGACAAAGAUGGUAGUAAAGUGACAACAGUAGUGGCAACGCCAGGACAAGGGCCAGACCGGCCGCAGGAAGUCAGCUACACCGAUACCAAGGUUAUUGGCAAUGGUUCUUUUGGAGUCGUUUACCAGGCGAAACUAUGUGAUACAGGAGAGCUGGUGGCCAUCAAGAAGGUUUUGCAGGACAAGAGAUUUAAGAAUCGUGAGCUGCAGAUUAUGCGAAAACUGGAUCAUUGUAAUAUUGUCCGAUUGAGAUACUUCUUUUACUCCAGUGGAGAAAAGAAAGAUGAAGUGUACCUCAACUUGGUGUUAGACUACGUUCCGGAAACAGUGUACAGAGUUGCCAGACAUUACAGCCGGGCCAAGCAGACACUUCCGAUGAUUUAUGUAAAAUUGUAUAUGUAUCAGCUAUUCCGGAGUUUAGCUUACAUCCAUUCCUUUGGAAUUUGCCAUCGGGAUAUAAAACCACAGAACCUGCUGCUUGAUCCUGAAACAGCUGUCCUGAAACUCUGUGACUUUGGAAGCGCAAAACAGUUGGUGCGGGGUGAGCCAAAUGUCUCUUAUAUUUGCUCACGGUACUACAGAGCGCCAGAGUUGAUCUUUGGUGCCACGGAUUAUACCUCCAGUAUAGACGUGUGGUCAGCCGGUUGUGUGUUAGCCGAGCUAUUGCUAGGACAGCCCAUUUUCCCAGGUGACAGUGGUGUUGAUCAACUGGUGGAAAUCAUAAAGGUCCUGGGAACUCCAACAAGGGAACAAAUCCGAGAGAUGAAUCCCAACUACACUGAGUUCAAAUUCCCACAGAUCAAGGCACAUCCUUGGACUAAGCAGGUCUUCCGACCCCGCACUCCCCCGGAAGCCAUUGCGCUGUGCAGCCGGCUGCUCGAAUACACGCCAACUGCCCGCCUGACACCUCUAGAGGCAUGUGCACAUACAUUCUUUGAUGAAUUACGGGACCCCAUUGUCAAGUUACCAAACGGACGUGAGAAACCAUUACUCUUCAACUUCACUACUCAAGAACUGUCAAGCAACCCUGCACUGGCAUCAAUUCUUAUCCCUCCCCACGUUCGGAAUCAGGCUCCUGCUUCAACUCCAACAAACGCUUCCGCGGUGUCAGAUACCAAUGUUGCUGUAGAUCGUGGACAGUCUACUAAUGCAGCCUCAGCCUCUGCAUCCAACUCAACCUGAGGAAGUGGAUUGUCCUGGCUCAGAUUUCCAAUCAGCCACACGCUGGUCAAAUUUGAAAAAAAAACAUCAUUAGUAUUCAUUUUAUUUAAUCCUGUUUAAAAAGUAAAUACAAACCAAUCAUUUACUCAGAGGGAUUGAGAAGGAAUGUGGAGCAAUAUUAAACUCCUCCCUUGACAAUCUUUUAUUGAAGUCUGCCAUAGUGUCGUCCAAAUCUUUCCCUUCUCCUCUCCCCCCACCCACCCCCCCUUUCCCCUCUCCGCAAAAAUAAGAAAACCUGAGGUGUGUUUCACUCUGGUGUAGUGCAGGAUUUGAUUUUUGGCAAAAAGCAAUGCCAUCAGUCUUUUUUAAGGAUCUGGGGAUGAUGGUGGUAGUAUUUAGUCAGGUAUUACAUGUAAUAGUACUGUACCUGUAACCAGCAGCAUAGGGGCAAGCGUACAGAUCCACUGAAACAACCACUGCGAGAAUGACCAGAGGCUCCAGUCAUUGUAGUGCUUCCCCGUGUUGAGAUAGUUUGACAUUGUCAGUACUGUUGUAGUACUGAAUUAAGUAAUGUAUCAGAGUGUACUGGAUUGGUCUUUUUCAUGACUUGAUUGCGUGACCGUUCAGGGCUGAUUUUUUUUUCAAAAAAGUGGUCCAAAAUAAUACUCUGCCACUGGCUUUAAAGCAAGAAGAGGCAACUGCUGUGUACUGGACGCUCUGUUAAUUGUACGCCUAGCCCACAGGUCCCGAAUUGAUAUCUGAGCUACACCAACUGAAAGCCCUCAAAACUGUGUAGAAAUGUCCUUGCUGAUUUCAGAUUCAGACACCCUCUUCCCUAUUUUUUAGACCUUUUUUCUGUUUUGUACAUAAAUAUGUGGACCCGGGAACUGAUGAGAGCAACAAACAUUCAGGGCAAAUUUCGUUCAAUUGUAGGAGAGCUUUUAAAGCCAUAUAGUUUCAAUUCUGUACUAUUGGUGCGUCUCCAAUGUAAGAAUAAAAACUAGUGCUGUAUAGUAUAUAGUUUGGAGUGCCUUUGCUUCCAAUGUUUGAUUUUGUUUUUAAAUGGAUGUCCCUCACUGAAGUAUAAUUGCUUUUUUCUUCCAUAUUUAACCCUUUAUGUACCUGUGUUUUUUUUUUAAUAAGUUGGCAUCCUGUAAAGCAUUUUAACUUUCAUUAUUGACAUCAAAUUCACACAGCAGUUGGCAAGGUGAAUUGUUGAACACUUCAAAAGUUGCAUAGUGCAUGAUAUAUUUUAAAGAAAAGAAAUGUUUGGGCUCUCAACAGAUUACAGCAGAAUGCGAGAUUUGAAGCUGAAAUAUUCUGCAGAUAAUUAAGUCCUUUAUUUGGCAGAGUUUCCUUUGAAAGAAAUGUUCAAAAAAAAUGCAUCAGACUUUCAAUACAUUAAAUGCAUAUGUAUGAUUAUAUAUCAUACAUAUGUAUAUUAUACAGCUAUUUCAACAUUUACCUUGGCUGUGCCAGCUCUGCUUUACUCAUAAAAUCUACUGUAGGAUAUGAAACUGGCAGUGAAUUAAACCUGGUGAACAGAAAGAUGCUGCUGGUGCUGCAUGACCUGACUGAAUCUUUAAUGUAGAAAACUUUCUAAUUCGACAUUUUAUGGUGCAAAUCCUGGUUUUAAUGACUGUUUUACCAAAAUGCUUUUAUCUUGUGUGCACCAAAUAAAUAUUGGAACGUCACAUCAUGUGGCUUCCUGUUAAUACCACAGCUUUAAUAUGGUCAAGUGCAGCUUCUGAAGUUUCAAGUGGAUCUGUACUAAGGAUGAGAGAACUGUUUGGAUUUAAUUAGUGCCUUUAAGGGACAAGUUCAUGAUGAGUAUUGAACUUUUGUCCCUGUUUUUUUUUUCCUUUCUGUUUUUAUAACCGACUCUUAGUACUACUUUCAUUGAAAUACCACACUGCUGAUAUUUUCAUCACUUUUCAUAUUCACAUGAGAUUGAUGUACUUUCAGAAGGGACAGUUGCGAAAGGACAACAGAUUACCAUGGGUGGAGGAAUUAAUUGUGUAAUAAAAAAGGACACGUCUAAUCUGAACAGUUUACUCAUCCUUAAUGCUCCUCUGGCUGCAGUGUGUAACCUUUACAAGUAGCAAGGGAUGAACCCAGGGGUGAGUCAAUGUCAAGUAAAAGUGAACCAGUCCAUGUAGGUAAUAGAUUCUUGUCAUGGAGUGUACAGUACAGUGUUCAGUUUCUAUAAUUUCCUGAUCUUGUGGAAGUUGGACAAUAUGUCCCAAAUAGGGACUUGAAUGAAUGGGUUUUCUUGUCUUUUUUUUGGCAUUUAAGAACUCUAGGCUUCGGUCCACUUGAUUCUUUGAUUUGAGAUCCUUCACGACCAUAACCUUUUUUUUUAGAAGUAACCACCUCAUAUGUAAUUUUCAUGCAGCACGAGAUUCUUACUUCCCAUUGAAAUUGAUCGGCAAACAAAAUAAUUGUGAAUUUGUUGAGCUCACUUGCCUUUAUUCUGUAAAAAAAAAUUUCCAAGUCGCUUUCUACACCCAACUCCUCCCCAAUGCAACUUGUAUUUCUGUUCUUCCAGUCGAGUGGUCUGUUAUUGAGGCCCUGUUGAAGUUGCUCUGAGUCAAGUCAAUUGUAUAAUGGGAGAACAUCUCACCCAAAGAUUUGUUAUUGUACUUGGGCCAGUUUAGAGUUUGCUUACUCUCAUGAAGCUGGUGCAUCAGGUAGAAGGUUUUAGGGUGUGCUGUCUGAUUAUGAGUUCAAUUGAGCACCGUAUGUUAGCCUUCAUCGAGUUACCCAAAUCCCUAAUAAUCCAUACAGAUAUAAUUUCACACAGGUAUAAUUCAGGAAGAAAAGAGGAUGAGUCUAUGGAUUUUAUAUAUUAAAGAAAUCGAUAAGAAAAAUGUUACAGUAGGGGACACUUUUGUAAGGUUAGGUUAAAAUUUCAAUGCCAUGUUUUGAAAUUCCGCAGGUCUGAUCAGCAGAGCUUGCCUGUUGGGNAGGAAAAAGGAAGGUCUUGGACAUAAUUGGUAUUAAAUCAAAACAGACAAAUUAAUAAAUGAGCAGCGUGUUUUGCAGUGCAGAUUUCUGAAACCGGAGAUAAUUCGGGUAGCUGCAUUGCUGAGCAGGCCUGAACAGUUGCUGCAUCCUAGGCUAUCAUGUAUACUUGUAGACAUAAACAGUUUUAGCCUUUGUGGACAAAGUAGGGAGUUGCAACAGAACCGUCUGAUUAUACAGGUUUGGUUUGCACUGUUGGGUGAUCUAUUCACUAUGAGCAUCACAUAAAUAUUUGUAUUACAAUAAGAAAAUGAACAUCCAAACAGGUUAUUAUGCACUUCAGGUUUUGUUUUUUUGGGGGGCUUCGUACCCAGUAAAUGUUCCUCGUCUUCAUUUGUUUUGUUGUUCUAGGAAUAAUGGGAAGGGGGAAGCUUACGUUUGUAUAUUUUUUUUAAAUUAAAGUAUUCACUGCAAUUCUUUGCCACUAUCAGCCCCUGAUCCAGAGAAGAUUCCAGUGGGGAUGUUCUAGGUGUACAGAAUGUGAGCUGCAGAAAAUUAUACAAUGGCUCUAUGUUGUGAAUGAGUCGACCUCAAAACAGGUGAACCGAUAAUCUGGUGAGAGUGGACUUUAUUGCACCAUAGUGUGUGUCCGAAGUAAAAGUAAAGCAUGUUCUAUUGAAUACAUGAUUCAACCCAGUACCCUCCAUGUCCCUGUAGGGGGGAAGGGGAAAGAAGAUGGUGUCUUUUAUUUUUGUCAGCCUACUGAGACUGUAAUGCAAAAAUAUGACUAUUGUCUAGGCAGUUGAACAAAUAUAAACCAUCCACUAGCAUGUUGCUAGCCAGCUAGCAUUAAAUUCAAGCCCGACCUAAUUGUACCGCUAACAAGGGCUGCAAUGGUGUUUCAAAGCUUUGCCAAUCAAUUUGUUCGUUUGUAAAACUGCCACGUGGUGUCACUCUUCCAGUCUUUGGCCCUGAGAAGACUCCAAAUGGUAUGCCAGCAGUGUGAGUAGGACUGUAGCAAGUGAGCUCACGGUGGCAGUGUAUGGUAAAUGAAUGAAAUCCAAGCUUUGAUACAGUUUCAUCUGGUUUCAGAGCUUUCUUGGGUGUCUCGAAUUGUUUCCUGCCCAAUCUUGAUUUCCCAUGAUCGAAGUUAAAUGGUGAACAGAAUUUUGUGUUCGAAAGACCAGCCAAAUCUUUGAAACUGUCCGAAAGGGGAUUUGUGAAAGUCCUUAACUAUAAUCCUAGUUUUUAUGUUGCAACUUGCAAUCGGUACACAAAGGGUUAAACAUGGUAAUUUACUUGCGUGACUACCUGCUUGCCUGUAUAAUCCGCAUUAGAGAUGUUUUGCUAUGCUUCACACAGCCUGUAUACAAAAGCGUGACCACCUCUGUCAAAAAAGGACUGUGCGUUAUAUACAACCAUUGCAUCACUUGUGGAACUGUCUUGGUUUAAAAAAAACACAAAAAACAACAAAAAAAAGACCUGUUUAACAUUAUUACUUGAAUGCUUCUGUUUGUGACUGAAUUUUUAUUUCAUUUUAAUAUAAAUUUUUGUGAAAGUAUGCUUGAUGUUUAUCUCUGUAAAUACAAUCGUUCUGUGUGACUCGGUUCCCGAUAGAUACUGGUACUGUAAUUUGCAUUAAAUAAAAAGUAGGAUAGGCCACGAA